AUGUUGCCCAGGACUCUACUUCUCUCCUCCAUCGCCUUAUGGGCAAAGGCGGCCAAUGCGGCUUUUGGAAUCGUCAAUAACGGUGACUCGUACACCAUUGAUGCUGGCUCUGCGAAUCCCCUGAAGUUCACUGUUUCGCAGUCUAGUUGCGAUAUCACGUCCAUCUCUUACUAUGGAGCCGAGCUUCAGUACCAGAGCACUGGAAGCCAUAUCGGUUCCGGUUUGGGCUCUGCAACGGUCUCUGCGACUCAAGAUGGCGAUUAUAUCAAGGUAACGUGUGAGACUUCGACCCUUACCCAGUACUUCGUCGUCCAUAAUGGAGAUUCCAUAAUCCACAUGGCAACCUAUAUCACCGCGGGUAACCUCCCCCCUGUCUCAACUCUUGACUCGCGUCUGACCGCUGCAGAACCCGAUAUUGGCGAGCUGCGAUUCAUCGCCCGUCUCAACUCGCAGCUUCUACCCAAUGAGGAGCCAUUCGGCGCCGUCUCGACCACUGCUGAUGGCAGUGUCGUUGAGGGAUCCGAUGUGUUCCUGGUCGAUGGACAAACCCGUAGCAAGUUCUACUCCAGCGAGCGAUUCAUCGAUGACCACAGGCACUGUGUGGCGGGAAGCGCCCACCGCGUUUGCAUGAUCCUCAAUCAGUACGAGGGCUCUUCCGGCGGUCCCUUCUUCCGUGACAUCAACACCAACAACGGAGGCGGUUACACCGCUCUUUACUGGUACAUGAACUCGGGCCACGUCCAAACCGAAUCCUACCGAAUGGGUCUGCACGGUCCGUACUCGAUGUACUUCAGUCGAAGCGGCACACCGGGAACAGACAUCGACACUAGUUUCUUCGCCGACUUGGACAUCAAGGGCUACGUUGCUGCAAGUGGGAGGGGAACUGUCACUGGGACUGCCUCGGGCGCUGAUUCUAGCAUGGACUGGGUCGUCCACUGGUUUAACGACGACGCUCAGUAUUGGACAUACAUAGCAUCCGACGGCAGCUUCACCUCCCCCGCCAUGAAGCCCGGGACGUACACUAUGAAGUACUACCAGGGCGAAUUCGCCGUCGCCGAAACCUCCGUCACUGUAUCUGCCGGAUCAGCCACCACCAAGAACAUAUCUGGCUCAGUCCAGACAGGAACAACAAUCUUCAAAAUCGGAGAAUGGGACGGCCAACCAACCGGCUUCCGCAACGCCGAAAACCAACUGCGCAUGCACCCCUCCGACUCGCGCAUGUCCGACUGGGGUCCCCUAACCUACACCGUCGGUUCCUCCUCUCUCACUGACUUCCCCAUGGCCGUCUUCAAGAGCGUCAAUGACCCGGUAACUAUCGUUUUCACUGCAACAUCCGCGCAAACAGGCGCUGCGACACUUCGCAUUGGAACUACACUUUCCUUCGCUGGUGGUCGGCCGCAGGCAACGGUAUACCAACCAACAACCUACAUCCGAGAAGAAGAAUGCAAACUGACGAAUCAACAGAUCAACGACUACUCCGGGGCUGCUCCGGCGGCACCGACCAACCUCAACUCGCGCGGCGUUACUCGCGGUGCGUACCGUGGUCUCGGCGAGGUGUAUGAUGUUAGUGUUCCUGCUGGGACGAUUGUCGAGGGGGAAAACACGAUCACUAUCAGUGUAAUCUCUGGAAGCUCAGGAGAUACGUUCUUGAGUCCUAAUGUGGUCUUUGAUUGCAUUGAGCUCUUCCAGUAA